CUCCCGUCCACAGUCCGAGAGGAGCCCCUCGACGUUUUCGGAUCGUACCCGUAAUAAUUAUCGACAAAGAGGCGGCCCCCCCGGAGGAUUCGGUUUUCUAGGCCCCCAACAGAACACCCCUUUUUCCGCCGCAACGCAAACCUCGCUUCAGCUGCAUCUGCAUCCAGUGCAUUCAGCGCACGCCUUGCCCCCAAUUUGCUGGGGCUUGUCGUCGACGCGCUCUUCAUUUCUUUCUUUCGAUUCGAUCAUUUGCAGCGCAACAACAGGCGAACGCACACUUUGAUCAUGAGCACCGCGAUUGCAAUGGCUGUUUCGCCUGCUCCUCACGACAGGCCGUCGUCUUACGGCUCUGACCUCCCUCCCCCGACUUCGACUUCGCCCAGCGCUCAGAGGACAGGAGCCGCCCCUCCACCUCCUCCACCAGCAUCUGCAGCCGCCGCGAACAACGCAUCUGCACCACCAACGCGAUCCAGCAGCGGCAGCCCUAAGGGUUCGACUGCUAGUGCUGCUGCUGGUGCUGCCACUCCUGGUGCAGCUACCACGCAGAGAUCCUCUCCGCCCAGCGCGUCUCGAAAUGCCAGCGGACCCAAAAUUGUCGUUAAGAAGGAGCCCAGCUCGCCCGGCUUGCAAGCCGCCAGGCACCGGCCUAGGAAGCUGGACCUCUCCAAGAACACCAGCAUCGUGUCUCCCGCCACGGGUCGGCCCAUGACCGCACGAGAUGGCCUGGCGAUUCAAGAAGUCGGCCUCGCCUGUCUCUCGCCCGGUUUCGUACCCAAAGAUGCGGCCGAGCAAGAACAGCUAAACCGCAGCAUGACCGUCAGGGAGCAUCAAAGACAGAUCAUCGAGGCAAGACUCCAACAACAAUCGGCGAAGAUGGGGGACAACUCCGAUAAGGACAAGGAGUCGAGUCAUUUUGCCGCGAAGACGCCAGGCCUCGCCCGCAAGCGCGGCCCGCCUCCGGGCCUAAGCAUCGUUGCUCCAUCGCACGAACAGUUCGCCAAUGAGAGGGUCAUCCAGUCGGCGCCUCUGGGCCAGACGUUCACGGGGAGACACAAUCCACACCCGCUGACGCGGCACGUCACCAACCAGCCCUCCAACCUCGCCAGCAUGUCGCACAUCCACCACGUACCUGCCAAUCAGACCAACAACCGCCUCCCACCAAUUGCCGACGUUUUCGGCCAGAAUCUCUCGGGCCACCCCGAGUCUAGCGGCCACGCGCUCUUCGCCGGUCAGAACCGUGCGCCACUACCUUCCCCACACCAUCCCCCGGCCCAGCCGCAGCCCGCUCGCACGCGCGAGUACAAGUCGGCAGAAGAAGCGCAGGUCGAGCUGGCCGGCGGCCGGCCUGAGCUCCUACCAAAGUUAGUACGCUACGGCGGCCACCAGCCCCCGACGCCGCCGUCCCCCCCGAACACUCAGGCAUCCCGGGACUACCCGCACAGCCAGCACAAUGUCAAUACUGCCCACAAUGCACCAUCCAAUCAUCACCAUCAUAACCACCAGAGCCAUCACAGACUCUCCCCAAAUCUUGCUGACCCCUCCCUCCCCACAACCAGUAGCCGAACCCUAAGCAACAACCACCAAGCCCCGCCUCCCGGGUCUGGCCCAAGCGGCAGUGGCACAAACCCCAUGAAGCGCAGACGUGCCGAGUAUGAAGAGGGCGGCAGCCCGCCGCUUGGUAACGGCGGACGCCCGGCCCCGGCCGCUCCACAUCCGCCGCAGCCGCAGCAACAGCAGCAGCAGUCCAUGCCGCUUCCGUUUGGUGCCGCGUCAGCCCCGAGGAGGGCCUUCUUUGGCGAGGGACGGGACAGCCCCGAGACUCUCGAGGCGAAGAAGGAGGAGUUUUUGAGCUUAUGUGCGAGGGCCUGGGAUCUGCUUCAUUCUUGAUCUUGAAGCGUAUCUGGCUCCUUCUUUCCGACUUCUUAAUCCGGAAAGUGAAUCUUGGGGAGUUAUUUUCUUCUGGAGGGUUUCGGCUUGUACGGGUCGGUGACAAGGAGGCAAGUGCCUAUAUAUCAUGGCCGUGUGAGUGAAUACCCCCAACAGGUGUAUUCAAACGUUCCCAUUUUUUUUCCUAUUUAUCCUUUUAUCUAUUCCCUUGAUAUGUCAAAGUUCAGAUAGGAAGGAAAGGGGAAAAGGAGGGGUUGGCUUGGUCGGUUUGGUCGGUUGAUAUCGGAAAGGUUCUGGCGGCGUAAAGGAAACUAAUAGGCGCGGGAAAUCUCGCGUCUACCUGUGCUUCAGUACCUAGGGGUGGCUUCGUUCAUUGUUUACAUUGAUAUCCGUUCUCCGCCUGCCCUAACUUCCCGCUUGCGUCUUUUUUUUGCGGAUCCUCGACAUACUUUCCGGUUGCGAUUUUGGAUAUGGAUUGGGCGAGAGCUUUGACAAUUGGGGGAUCCUCUUCUUUUAAUACCCCACUGGGAGGGCAUGUAAACCGGGAAGCAUACGAGACCGAAGAUGUCGUUUCAUCCGCAAUCAUUCACGUUGAUAUUCUCCGGGAAGCUUCAUGGUAGAAGUCUUGCAAACGACGGAAGUUGGGAGAGGGGGUUGGCAGGCGGAAACCGAGUAUGGCUGUCGGCACUGUGCUAGUUAGGGGACAGAGUUUACCGGUCGAGCUUGACGAGGCAUAGGAGAAGAGAAAGGCUUCGGGCAGUUGGGAUAGGCCGACACUGGACUGCGUCGGCCUGUUCCCGGCGUUGUAUGAGUGUGUUUGAAGAGCCAGCCUUCUGUGAGAUUUUUGAAACUAAAUCAGUUAUAGGUGAGGAGCGAGGAGAGGACGAUGACGACGGCGAGCAGAAAAGGAACCUGGUUCGAUUCUAAUCUGUAUGUCUUUAUAUAUAUACCACCACUUUCCCGCGAGGUAUUACAAGCUUCUCGCAGCAGUAUAUAAGGUCCGCUACUCAACC